AAAAGCGGAACAAAUAGGAACGCUUCUUGACAUGAAAAACGCCAAUAUAAAAAGAUAUGUAUCUCUUCUUUUUUAAUGUUUUGCUCCCAGUAUUUAUUUUUAUAUGUCAAUAUCAAUAUGCAAAUAGGUAUAUGUUUAACAGCGUUAAACAAAUGUGGGGUAUACACUUGAAUGUGUUGGAUCGGAGCAUCAACUCGAGUUGAUCUCAAGCAUGAAAAAAAAAAACCCCCCACCCCGGUCCAUUUCCCUACCACGAAUUAAAUAGCCAUCAACUAAACCUUUUCCCUUUCUUUUUUUCUUUUUAAUCUUUAUCUCACCAUGUUGCGUGCUUCUACCUCCAAGUUUUUGAGCCAAGCUUCUGGUCUUAACCGUUCUAACCGCCUUUUCAGCAGCGCUUCUAUUGCUUUGCAAAAAUUCCGUGCUGAACGUGAUACCUUUGGCGACCUUCAAGUUCCUGCUGACAGAUAUUGGGGUGCUCAAACUCAAAGAUCUCUUCAAAACUUUGACAUUGGUGGUGAACGUGAACGUAUGCCUGAACCUUUAAUCCGUGCCUUUGGUGUUUUGAAGAAGAGUGCUGCUAUCGUCAACGCUACUUAUGGUUUGGAUCCCAAGGUUGGUGAAGCAAUUCAAAAGGCUGCUGAUGAAGUUAUCGAUGGUACUUUGAUUGAUCAUUUCCCUCUUGUUGUCUGGCAAACUGGUUCUGGUACUCAAACCAACAUGAAUGUCAAUGAGGUAAUUUCUAACCGUGCUAUUGAACUUCUCGGCGGUGAACUUGGCUCCAAGACCCCCGUUCACCCUAACGACCAUGUCAACAUGAGUCAAUCUUCCAACGAUACUUUCCCCACUGCUAUGCACGUUGCUGCUGUAGUUGAAAUCAGUCACCGUCUUAUUCCUGCCUUGACUACCUUGCGCGAUGCUCUUCAAGCCAAGUCUGAAGAAUUCAACCACAUCAUCAAGAUUGGCCGUACUCACUUGCAAGACGCCACUCCCUUGACACUCGGUCAAGAAUUCUCUGGCUACACUCAACAAUUGACCUACGGUAUUGCUCGUGUCGAAGGUACUUUGGAACGUCUCUACAACCUUGCUCAAGGUGGUACCGCUGUCGGUACAGGUCUCAACACCAAGAAGGGUUUCGAUGUCAAGGUCGCUGAUGCUAUUGCCAAAAUCACUGGUUUGCCCUUCAAGACUGCUCCUAACAAGUUUGAAGCCCUCGCUGCUCACGAUGCCAUUGUUGAAGCUCAUGGUGCCUUGAACACUGUUGCUUGUUCUCUUAUGAAGAUUGCCAACGAUAUCCGUUACCUUGGUUCAGGUCCUCGUUGUGGUCUUGGUGAACUUUCUUUGCCUGAAAACGAACCUGGAUCUUCUAUCAUGCCUGGUAAGGUCAACCCUACUCAAUGUGAAGCCAUGACCAUGGUGUGUGCUCAAGUGAUGGGUAACCAAACUGCUAUCUCUGUUGCUGGUUCCAAUGGUCAAUUCGAACUCAAUGUCUUCAAGCCUGUCAUGAUCAAGAACUUGCUUCAAUCUGUUCGUCUUCUUUCAGAUGCUUCUGUUUCUUUCACCAAGAACUGUGUUGUCGGUAUCCAAGCCAAUGAAAAGAAGAUCAACAGCAUUAUGAAUGAAUCUUUGAUGUUGGUCACUGCUCUUAACCCUCAUAUUGGUUAUGAUAAGGCUGCCAAGUGUGCCAAGAAAGCUCACAAGGAAGGCACUACUUUGGCUGAAGCCGCUCUUUCUCUUGGUUAUUUGACUGAAGAACAAUUCAAGCAAUGGGUCAGACCUGAAAACAUGAUCUCUGCUUCUGAUUAAACUGUAUUAUCCCCCCCCCUCUUCCAUUUUGUAAUUUUUCAUAAUUAAACAAAAAAAAAAGGCAAAAGGUUUAUUAUGCAUUUUCUUUUUUUUAAAAAAAAGAC